AUGAAUAAUAAAGUUUCGAAUCUUUUAGCACUAACCACAACCACACAAACAACGACAACAACUACAACAACAACAACAACAUCAUCAACAACAUCAACAACAUCAACAAUAACAUCAACAACCACAACAACAACAACAUCAUCAACGACGACAACAACAUCAACAACAACAACAUCAACAAUAUCAACAACAACACCAACAACAACAACAUCAACAACAACAACAUCAACAAUAUCAACAACAACAUCAACAACCACAACAACUACAACAUCAUCGACGACGACAUCACCAACAACAUCAUCGACGACGACAUCAACAUCAACAACAACAACAUCAACAUCAUCAUCAACAUCAACAACAACAUCAACAACCACAUCACCAACCACAAGAACAACAACAUCAUCGACAAGCACAACAACGAGUACUAUGGGCCCUGGUCCAUGUAUAUCUAUUGAUCCGGCAAACACGACUUCGUGGGGUAUGUGGAUAGUCAUACAUACACUAUGUAAAAAAAUUAUUCGGACACCCUGCUAUAUUUAUCUUGUGAAGCGAAUUUCACAAAGAAGAAAAAUCAUUUUCUCAACUCUGAUUAUAUCAUUCGAUAGACCGAAGCUUCUACUUUACUGCACACAAAAAAACUUUUUAUUUGAAAAAGUUUUCAUACAGUU